AUGGAGGAGACGGAGAAAGUUAAGGUCGUUGUGAGAUGUCGACCUAUCUCUCAGCAGGAGCUAAACCAAGGCCAUAAGGUCGCGGUCCGAGCUUCUGCGGAAGAUAACUCUGUGAUAUUGGAACAACUAAAUGGAAAAGAGGAGCCUAGACGAACAUUUUUCUUUGAUGCCGUCUUUCCACCGGACUGUGACCAAAUGCGCGUGUAUAACGUUGCUGCAAGACCGAUCGUGGAGAAUGUGCUAAAAGGUUAUAACGGUGAGCAUAACCUACUUGAAACGGAUAACUGA